AAAAAGGCAAGGUUAACUUGCCGAUGCAGCCCUGUCACUUCGCUGGUUUUGGAAUUUGGAACUGCAUGCCAUAGUAUGACUAUGAUUUAGAGAGAGAGAGAGAGAGAGUCGGUCUAGGAGGAGUGAGAGGAUUUGGGCGAGAAAAGAGAAGGGCAAAUCAUUCGCAGUUGCUGGAUUUCCAUUGGUUUGAAUUUUGAAAAACGCUCUUAUAAAUACUUGAUCUGUUCAUGUCUCUCGGACAGACAAAGCAACUGGGUUUCAGAAAAAUCCGUAGCUCAGUUUCUCUCUCUUCUUCUCUUCCUCUCUCUCUUCAACCCUUGCUGAAACUUUGGCUAGGUUUGUGGGUUCCUUCCUUUCCCAUCAUUUGCCUAUUUUGGCUCCAUGCCGAGCGAGAUUUUUGGUAAUCUAGAUGGGGAUUUGGGUAUCUCUUGAAUUCGUUUUAGAUUGUGCUUCUGGGUGUUCCUCCGAGCUCUCAGAUUCUGUUUCCGCUUUCUUUGUUUCCCAAACAAUGGCCAUUCGUGUCCCCUAUGAAUCCUCCCAAUUGGGUUCUCUACAAAGUUGCUAAACUCAUUCUCUGUAUGCACCCAUUAGAUGGCAAUGAACAGGAAUGGCUCAAGAAGACCAUCCCCAGAGGCUUAUCAAUAGCACUAACUCUGCUACUGGUGUCGUCAGCGGUAGCAGCGGUGGUGCUCAGAGUCACAAAUCUUCCAAAAAACAGAAGCAGAAGAAAAUCCCACAGAGAGGACUCGGCGUCGCACAGCUCGAGAAGAUCAGAUUAGAGGAGCAGAAAAAAGACGCAGCCGUUAGAUUUUCAUCACCCUCCUCCAUAUCAAUUUCGCCGCCGACUUGUUCUUCGUUUCUGCCUUUGCCGCUUCCCAAUUACAGCCAGUCCCAUUCGUCUUCUUCGAUCCCUUUUCCCCCUCCGUCGCCGACGAGUCUUCUUCCUGACCCGAAUUCCCAAUUAAAACUCGCUCCUUUGAUCCCAAACAUCGACAUUGAGAUUCCCAAUUUGAAUUCCGUUCAAUUACCGAGCCUGGCCAAUGGGUGGUCGCCCGUUCCGGCCCCGAAUCACGGCAAUGUUUCAAAGUCGUGGAACUAUGAGUACAGUCUCGAAGGUGGUGAGAAUCGCAGAUUGGAUCCUGGGUUAGCAUUUCGUGGGAAUUUGCCGUAUGAAACAAGUUCUAAUUGGUCCCUCCCCUUUGUGAUGCCCAGACCACAGCCCCCCUGCCAGCAACCUUCACCCGUGGGAAAAGUUUCUUCAGCGACUUCAGUAUCUCCCGCACUGAAUUUUCAUUCAGAGCCCCCUUCAAACCAAAGCUACUGUGAAAACUAUAACACUCCCAUUUGUCAAGAGGGGGAGAAGAUGGUUGGCUGGAAGAGAUCAUAUCCCUUCUGUCUAGACAAUCCACCAGGCUCCCCUUCCCACUGUAAAUUUCCUACCAGCAUUCAUUCCAUCAGUAGAUCAGAUGAACCAGGUUCAUGUGGCAAUGGAGGCACUUUCAAUUUUGAACCAGGCAACCCUAUUAGAGAAGGCCCUUCAUGUUCAGCAUCCACAUCAGAGAUGGAUUCCAAAAAGGGCACCGAAGAAAAUGGGAUUCUUGAUGGAGAUUUCCUCACACUAGCCCCUCCUACGACAUCGCCAUUUCCGAGUUCCAACUCUAAGCCUCCCCAUGCUUCUACACCCUACACUGAAUUCUCUGAAUUUGAAUUACUGCAUUUUCAAGGAAGCAGAGAAGAUUCAAUUCUCCGACCAAAUACAGGCGGGUCAAUCCAACAGCCUCUCUUCUACAACUUCCUCCCACCGGCUAAGUCGCAGAUUAGCCAAGCAGCGUCCCACACGAACAACUGUGAGAGAGGAGGAGGAGGAGGAGGAGGAGGAGAAAGUGUUGACCUCAAUCUGAAGUUAUAAAAAUGGUUAUAGCCCAUUUGUUGGAGUGUCUUGGCUGGUCUGCUGUUAAUUGAGAGAGGAUGCAACAUAGUUUUGCCCCCAUCUCUUCAAACAGGAUGGAUACAGAAAUUCCGUUUCUUGUUGCUGAGAGCAGGCAGAUGCAAUCUGAAUCUGAGUAAUAUGUGAGAAUGAAAGAGGCAGAAAGAAACCAUGGGCAUGUGAAUCUGAGAGAGGGUGGGGAUGAGGGGUGCAGAUUUGUUUGUGAGAAAAGUGUGGUGGUUGUGCCUUUUGUUCUUUUGUAAGCUGGUUGAUGAAUCAGGCACUCCAUUGGUAACAAACUAUCGCGUGUGGAUCUGAUUAUGCUCUGUUUCUUCUUGUUUACGUGGGGUCCAAGGAUCUGACCUCCAUUAUGGGUUUCAGACUUUCAGUUGUGUAUGUGUGUGUGUGUGUGUGUGUGUGUGAGAGAGAGAGAGAUGGUUGUAAUUUAAGGGAGCAGUGAAUGAGUAGAGUCUUGUGGAUGGGAGAAAAGAUGUUGCAGGUAAAAGACUUUUGAGGGGUUUUAACAAGGAUUGCUCUAAAUGGUACUUGUGGUGUGCUGUUUUAGGAAA